AUGGCGCCGACUCGCGUUUUUGGAUCGGAGGACUCUGCGCUGGUCGUCGAAGACGACGUGUCCUCUCAGAAUGCGCAGACAUUGCCUCGGGGACUGGGACGAUUCUCAUUCAGCAAGACGCUGCGGCAUAGACCUAGCAUUCUAUCGAGGCUGAGUCUGCGGAACAGUGGCUCGGGAGUACGAGAUGAGGAGACUGGGGAGGAUGUGGUCACGGACAAGCCUCUCAUUCCGAGCGCUCUGCAGCAGCCUGGAGAAGCGGAUAGCACGCCCUUGCCCGUCCUGUCUAUGAUUGUAUUAUCCAUAACUAUGCUCGGAGAGUUCCUGUCUGCGAAUGUCUCUGCGCCGUUUCUAUUAUUCAUGGUGAAAGGCUUCGGUCAGUUCACGGACGAUGCAGACGCGGGGUUCUGGACUGGUAUAUUAGCAUCAACGUUCUUCUUGACUCAGUUCUUAACCUCUCUACUAUGGGCCACCGUCGCGGAUAGACACGGUCAACGCGCCGUUUUAUUCGUUUCGUUGCUCGGAACAGCUUGCACUUGCUGUUUAUUCGGUACAUCCACGAACCUCCAGGAAGCCAUUUGUAUCCGUCUCCUCCAGGGUAUAUUCGCCGGUGCGAUAGGUGUAGCUCGCGGAUGUGUCACAUUUGUCACAGAUCCUAGCAACGAAGGCAGGGCAUAUGCUAUUCUGGGCUUUUGCUGGGGUUUCGGAGGUGUAGCUGGUGCUAUCAUCGGAGGAAGCUUCGAGAAUCCUGCGAAGAAAUGGCCAGGAGUAUUCAACGACAUACCCAUUUUUGUCCACUAUCCAUAUUUAUUACCAUGUGCUGUCGCCUCAUGCAUCACAUUCACCGGUGCGAUUUUAUCGCUCUUCCUCGGGUACGACGGCGGUCCACGUGAAGGCGCUAUCCGUCUCCCGCCAGAAAAGGACGCCGAGCAAAACGAAGCGAUCCCCGAAGUCGACGAAGAGGGCGCGAUGACACCCCCAGUGUUCGGCGAAGAGGAGCCGGAGCCGCGCACGAUGGUCGGGUCCAUCACACGCAACGUCGGCCGCAAGCUGUCGGGCUACUUCGCGAAACGCGUGCACGACGCCCACGCGAGUGAGACGCCGCCCCUCCGGCGCGAGGAAUCCGUUCCGCUGCUGUCGGAGUCCCAGCAGCGGACGACGAAGCCGCGGCAGCUCUCGCGGGCGAGUAGGGUCGAUGGGUCCGCCUACGGGUACGGCACCGGGUACCGGCACCGCCUGGCCAACUCUAUGUCCAUGGGCGCGCGCAGAGAGAGCACGGCGAGCGCUGUGCGGAGGAGGCUGUACAGCACUGUGGAUCCUACCCGGGCAUCGGUGGCGGACAGCGAGCUGAACUUUGCGCAGCGGAUCCUCCUGGCGAACGAGAACGCCGUCACGAAUAUUGCUGACCUGUGGGUUGCCGCCGCAAUGAACGUGGAUAAUGAAGAGGUAUUCGAGUCCGACGACGAGGGAUCAGAUGUUGGGGACACGGAGACUGCCCAUGGUGCGGAGGCGACUGAGACGGGGGCAAGACCUGAGACGUCAACUUCGACGCCAUCGACUCCUAGCCGGCGCGGUAGAAGGCAGUCAAGGAGCGGGUCCAACGUCGGAGGACCAAGGCCGUCUGCUAACAGACGUGUAUCUGGUGCUGGGAUCCGACCCCAUCUGUCCCCCCGGCGUUCUUCAGAUUCUAGGAGCCGCUACUUCACUCCGACUCGUCAGACUCUGGGCGCACUCAGUGGUCAGUUGGAAGACAUGCCUUCUCCGGGAGGGCGCCGAUACUCGAACGUCCCCACGAUCUUCUCGCACACGGGUGUGAGGACGCCCUCGGCCGUCCUCGAUGCUCAGUCGUUGCUCUCGCCUCAGGAAGAGGCGGGAGCUGCGGACGGGCUUGCGCCCAUCAUGGAGUCGCGCCGCGCAUCUGUUGCUCACGUGGAGGCGCAGGUUGAGCCACAGCAGUCGCUGUUCUGGCAGCUUCCGUUGAUUAUAAUCGUCCAAUAUGGAUUGUUGGCGUUGCAUUCUACGACGCAUGACCAAGUCUUUUAUCUCUACUUAGUGACUGAUUACGAAGGGGGAGGACUCAACCUCAACGCAACGCACUUCUCUCAGCUCAUUGCCCUUAUGUGUCUUGCUCAAAUUGCGUAUCAGUUCUACCUGUAUCCCCCUCCGCGAGGGCGCUUCUCGCACUUAGCAAUGUUCAGGAUUGGAUCCCUCUUAUAUAUCCCCGCAUACCUCAGCGUUAUCUUAUAUCGAGUACCUUUCGCGAGUGCGACGGACGAUGGCAAUUUUGUUUUAAUGGCCGGUAAUUGCUUUCCAAGUGCCCUACGAUUCUGUGGAAUCACGUUCUCUUAUACGGCGGUGGCGAUUUUGCUCAACUACAUGUCUCCUCCCCACGUUGUCGGCCUCGCAAAUGGCAUUGCUCAAAGUAUCGUGUCUCUAGCACGGUUUAUAGGUCCCAUUCUUGGUGGCGUGCUGUGGUCCACCAGUGUUGCAAAAGACCCGUCAGGAUACCCGCUCGGGUUCUUCGUCUGCGCGGGCAUAUGUGCCCUCGCAGUCGCUCAUACAUUCUUUAUUCGAUAA